GUUCUUGACAAAUCUCAACAAAUUCUUCACACAAUCUAAGAAUGGAGGUUCUGUGUUUAUCACAAUGAAACGCUGUAACUAAAGCUUCGUAUGUGAUUGACGAUUUCUCUCUGAAUAGAUGAUGGUCGUACCAAACCCAUUCCAAGAAAAGAAAAACAGGCAACAGAACCACACACAUCACAGGAAAACUCUUGUUUGCUGCGUGUAACUCUCGGAAAUCGGAAGAUAUCGACCGUUGUUCAUCAGAAAGACAUGAACCGCUUCAAUCAGGCGUACUCCAACUUACUGAAAGCCAGCAUUGAUGGACUGAAGAAACGAGAUAAACGAAUCAAAGCUGCCCCUGCAAAAUCCGGUCGACCGAAGACCGAAAAGGGCUAGUCGUUUUCUUUUCUACUCUUUCACUGUCUUUUCCCGUUCUGCUUCAUCAUGUACAGCUGUGCGAUUUUGCUUUGCCCAGAACACUGAGGUCAAUUCGAACUGGGGAACUGUCCUGAUGAACGGUUUUAACCAUUAUGUCUUCCGGUGCCUUGCUGUGUAAAUCCUCCCUGUGCACGAAACUUCGUCAAUGAGUGAUUUCGAGAUGGGUUGCUUGAACUGUGAAAGAAACGUUUAAAAUAUAUUCCCUUUGUUUUAAAGUGUUCCGUUCCAUACACAUCUGGUAGCUACCAUGCGACCUGCCCCAUCCUUAUGUACUCAUACGUAUUAAAUUUGAGUCUCCCGUCUUGUACAUGGUGAAUGUGCAACGAUCAUAAAACGUGGAGCGCCUGUUGAGUAACUGAUUACCUCGUCCAUUCGUCGACCUUCAUUGACC